CGCACUCCGUUCACAACUACCCAGUCCCGUCCACAAGCGCAGACAUCAACAAGGGAGCGGGUUAUUGAUGCGGGGUUGAUUUUCAUAAUAGUCACAUCGUAACGACAAGAUAACAGGAAUAUUUUACUUUGGAUUAACUUAACCCAACUUGCAACAAGAUGUUUGGCUUUCAUAAGCCAAAAAUGUACAGGAGUUUGGACGGCUGCUGCAUCUGUCGCGCCAAGUCGUCAAGCUCUCGUUUUACGGACAGCAGGCGCUAUGAGAAAGACUUCAGGAGCUGUUUUGGACUGAACGAAACAAGAUCAGGAGAAAUCUGUAAUGCCUGUGUUCUCCUGGUGAAACGAUGGAAAAAGCUUCCUGUGGGAACCAAGAAGAACUGGAACCAUGUGGUCGAUGCCCGAGGAGGUCCCAGCCUAAAGAUCACUUCCAGGCCCAAGAAGAUCAAAUCCAUCUCCAAGAAAGACCGGCCGAGCCAGAUCAGCAGGCUGCAAAAAGAGCUCAAAAGAAACAACUCAGAUGCUCACAGCACCACCUCCAGUGCCUCUCCAGCUCAGUCUCCCAGUUACAGCAACCUGUCAGACGACGGCUCCGACGCCGAGCUCAGCCCGGGAUCCAGCCGCUCUCCUGUUUUCUCAUUCCUAGACCUAACGUACUGGAAGAGGCAGAAAGUGUGCUGUGGAAUAAUCUACAAGGGGCGCUUUGGAGAGGUCCUCAUCGACCCCCAUUUGUUCAAACCGUGCUGCCGCAAGGAGGAAGAAGUGGAGGAGGGGGUCGCGGAUGUGAGCGGGCAGAAAUCCACGACAGAAGAGGAAGUGAAGGAGACCCUGAUGUUCCAGAAAGAGCCCCCUCAGCUGUGUGUUACCGUGACAACCGCUCCAACCAUGAGGGGGGCACUGGUGGAGGAAGGCUGGUGAAGAGGAAAAACGUCCCGCGUUGCACACAUCUCUGAAGAAAUGUUGGGGUGCGUUGUUUUUUGUUUUGUUUUUUUCCAAGCACUUAAAGAAGAGGUCGCCUCAGAUUGCCUUCAGUCACAAAGCAGCUGGAAAUCCUUUGGUCAUUUUCUGUAUUCCAAUGUCAAAGGUUUGUUUGUUAUUCUUUUAAAUGGUAACUUAUUGGACUGUUUUGUUUCCUCUUUUUUUUUGUCUUUAAUAUUCUCAUCAUCCUUGUCAUGGACCAUCAUCUGUGAUGUCACUGAUCGGCUUUAGAUGAAAUGCUGGAGCUCGACUUUUGCUGGUACAUUUAAAAAAAAAAAAAAGAUUUUAUUCCAAAACGCAAUAGAUCCACUCAGUUAUAAAAAAAAAGGUGCUACUUGAAAUUCAUCUCUCAACAUUUAAAACGACUAGUUCAAUCAUUAUCAAUGAGGAUAUUUUAUACGCAUACAGUAUAUGAUAAGAUGACUAAUAUACAGAAAUGAGAUUCAUUUAGCUUUCUUUGUGAAGAGUAAAUAUCUCUUUUUUUUUUUUAAAGUUGUGGAGAACUCGUUUUGGAAUGAAUGACACUUUGACAGAGCGCAGAUCUGUACAGUAGCCCCCAGUGUUUGUCGUUCCACUUUUGACAUCCACUCCUAUCAAAGACUCUGUGUUUUGUAGACUGGAUUAGUGUCUCUGUGUCCAAAUAAGUAUGUGAGUCCUGGCUGAAUAAGGCCUUUCACAGCUUCAACAGCAAAUACACCAGCCUUAAUAAUGUGUUACAGACAGUGCUAGUGUUAAUUCUGGAUUGGUAUUAAGGAACAAAAAAGGGACAGUAGCUAUAUUUAUUGUGGCCUCAGCAACACUUAGUGCAUUUUGCAUGAAUGGAAAGCCCACUCAUCCAGACGACCUAACGAUCUGAUGCAUGAGUCUCCUAAAAAAUUGCAUGGCCUUAUAUAAACUGUAAUUUUUACUUUUAUUUUUUUGGUUGUUGUCGAUCUCUUUCUCUGAAGUUUGAACUUAUUUUUAUAUGUAACAAAAAGCAAGAAUUAAAAAGUGUCUUUGCAUAAUAAUACCACACAAUACAACAGCAAAAAAACACAGAAUCGGUCUAUAGUCAUUCACCAAUCUAAACAUCAGUGAUUCCCUUCAUUCCCGGGUCAGUAUAUGGAUUAAAUAAACUUUGUACAAGCUGAAAUUCUAUGCCAUUGCCUCUUAUAUACCACAAAUGUGUGUUGUGAUAUAAAGCCUAAUAUUACUUUAUUUAUCAAAUUAAAGCCAAAGCACAUUGAAAUUCACCCAAUGUCAAAUCAAUGCAGGUUUUCUAUGGACACUUGUGCUUGUCCGAGGUCGUUUGUAUGUAUGUUUAUGGUAUUUUAAAUGAACACUAAUGUGUAAUUUCAUACAUGUGAUGUUGUAGCUGGAAGAACAGGUAGUUAUGUACAUAAGGGGGUGGUGCCACAAGGCUCCUAUAUUGGUUUUUCAUUAUUUAUUUCAUAUUUAUUUGUAUCACUGCAUCUUCACUUAGAAGUGUAAUGCUAUGAAUUAUUUUCAUCUUUAGCUUGUUUGUAGUAGUGGGGAGCGGGUUUUGUACAUCCGAAAUCGAAUGUAAUUCUCUCGCAGGCUUCGUUUUAACAUUGCGUUGAAUUACUGGUUGUCAAUAUUUGUGAAAUGUUGUUAAGUAUUUAUUUUCUUCAUCGGUUGAGUUGCGUGCAACCUAACUUAUUCUGCAGCCAUUACUUUUGGAUUUGUACCACGUAGACUGAAACGAAUGAUAGAUGCAACCAAACUGUACCUUUUCCCUUUUAGCCUGUAGCUUAAAUACGUUACCUAACUCUAGACGUGCAUGUACUGUUGCUAUGCAUUUACUUAGCUUACAAGUUAGACAAAAGCAGUUUUGUAUUUUUUAUACAUCAUGUACUUUUUUUACUUGUCCCUUAAUAAAAGUAAUUUUGUGAGUUUUUUCUUGAA